AUGGCGGGGCAUGGACUGCGGCUGCACAUGUGGCUUCGUCUCAGGUCUGCGUUGCUUUUCUCCUUGAGCUUUGUCAGGUGCGCCAGUGUGGAGUUUGCACUGGGAGCUCUUGCCGACGACGUUCAACUUCACGCGGCAGCAGCUGCAGCCCUCAUCGACUACCAGAAAAAUUUCAAUGCUUCUUUGGCUGCUCGGCUAGGCCCUCCAAUCAUCCAGAUCCCUGGUGGAGUACAUCCAAAUGCAAGCAUGGGAGCCAUCAGGUUGAACAUGAAAGACGAUGGUAGCUCGGACAAAACCGGCAUGGUCGCCACGCCAGUUGCCACACUGGGAGGUGUGCGGCAGAUUCCCCAAAUUUCUUGCUGUGCAAAAAGCCCCAAGUUGUCCGACAAGAAGGAAUACCCUUUCUUUAUUCGAACGAUGCCGCCGGACACCUUCCUCGCUACUGCCAUUUGGCAUUGGGUUCUACACUUCAAUGUUGCAACGGCAGCUUGUGUUUAUUCCGACGAAGGCUACGGGCAAAGUCUCUUUGGAACUCUGAAUGAUCUUGCUCGCGCCAACGGCCAGCAAGAUCGCAUACAGGGGCAGGGCUUGGGACAGAUGCGACGCGGAUUCGAUGGAGAACAAGCUCGCAAAGUGAUAAAGCUUGUGAAGCAGAUAGGAUCUCAUUUUGUCAUUCUUCUUGCGGCUGUCUCCGUGGCUGAAGGUCUCCUCAACAUCCUUGAGGAGGAGGGUAUGCUGACGCCCGCUUGGCAAAUCCUGUCGACGGAUACUUUGCUAGCAGCUUCAGGCAGAACCGUGGGUUACAUGUACCUAAGACCCGCUGGUGACGGCGCAAAGGUCCCAGAGCUGCAGCAGUUAUGGUCGCGGCUUUCACCACGUGACAUGCAAGCCACGGAUCAGAUGCAACUACCUGCUGGCCUUGUCGGGGAUGAGAUGUUCGAUGAAGGCGACGCAAUCUUCAACUUCGACUCAGUCUAUGCAUACUUCAUUGCCAUCAACAACCUCCUUCAUUCGGGCAUGGAUGCCACUGAAGUCCGCGGCCGCGCGCUUUACGAUGAGAUGAGCAGGCUACGAUUCAACGGUGUGUCAGGUGAUAUGAGCUUCGAUAGGAACGGUGACCGGCUGGGAGUGUUUGAGCUCCUGAACACCCAGUCCGAUGGCAGCAUCGUUUCUGUUGCCUCCUUCAGUGCUAAGACAUUGAAUUUUACAGUUACAGAUCCUUUGACAUGGAUGGAUGGGUCAGUCGGGUACUCCCCGCCGCCAGACAUGUAUUCUUGUGAUCCGGGCUUCUACCAGGAGGAGCAAACAAGGCAGUGCAAGAGAUGUCCGCAGGGGAACUUCUGUGAAGGAGGGCUGACAGGUCCUCUGAUUCCAUGCCCCAGAGGCACUUUUGCUCCUGACGUGGGCAUGACCAAUUGCACCGCUUGCCCGAAGGGCAGUUUCGCCCUGGAUGCCGGCGCAGCGGAAUGCGUUUCGUGUCAGCCUGGCACAGAGGGGCCUUUCGAAGGCAUGGAGAUAUGCAGGAGCUGCGAGGUCGGCUUCUUCAUGCCAUUCUCGGGAAGCAAUCAAUGCCUGCCUUGCGGCAAGAAUCAGAUCACCCCAGGGCUGGGCUCCACCAGCGAAUCUGAUUGCGUCUGCGCGGAGGGGUCCUUCAUGUGUCCAUCUGAAGGUUGCAUCCCAUGCCCCACGGGGCUCUUGUGUCCGGAGGGCUUAGGCCCCCCCGAGCAGGCUGCCGGCUUUUGGACAGAUUCAAACGCUUCACAGUGCGACUUCUCCGUUUUGCGCUGCAGAGACCGGGCUGAGUGCCCUCAAGGACCUUUGGGACGUUGCUCCGAAGGCCGGGUAGGCCAGGCGUGCAACAACUGCGAGCCAGGCUACUACUCUCGAGGCUCCACGUGUGAACGUUGUCGGGAAGGGGAUACCAUGCCGGUGAUCUUGGUCUUGAUCCUGCUCCUGGCCCUUUUGGCUUUUGUGAGCAACUCCAAUUGGGAUCCAAGUCAAGUGAGUCUGAACACCGUCACAGCGGCCUCGGUAACCAGCCAGCUGCUCAUGGCCAUCCAAUCUCUGGGCUCGAUCCGAGACUGGGGAGUCAAGGGGCAGGAGCCAGUGGCGACACUUAUCAACCUCACGAAGUUGGUGAUGUUCGACUUCCAUUUCAUCCGAACUUCCU